AUGGCACUCUGGUUCCUCAAGCAAAGUGUGCACUUCAGCACCAUGAUCACCGUUAUGAGCUUAGCGACAUUGUCUCCAGGGGACACAGGGGACGAGAGAAUGAGUGUGAGGCCCCUGAAGAGAGAGAAGAGAGGAUGGGUGUGGAAUCAAUUCUUUGUGUUGGAGGAGUACGCUGAGGACAAACCACUCUACGUCGGAAAGCUUCAUUCAGACUUGGAUAAAGGAGAUGGAUCUGUUAAAUAUAUUCUAUCAGGAGAAGGUGCAGGAACCACUUUCACACUGGAUGACACCACUGGUGAUAUCCACGCAAUACAGAGGCUGGACCGUGAGAUUAAAGAGCAUUAUAUCCUGCGUGCUCAGGCCACUCAUCGCCACACAGGCCACGCCCUCGAACCUGAGUCUCGCUUCAUCGUCAAAAUCCAGGAUAUUAAUGACAAUGAGCCCAAGUUCCUAGAUGGACCCUACCAGGCCACUGUACCUGAGAUGUCUCCUGUCGGUACAUCUGUGAUUCGAGUGACAGCAAUGGACGCUGAUGAUCCAUCAUAUGGAAACAGUGCUCGAGUGGUGUACAGUGUUGUGAAGGGGCAGCCAUAUUUCUCUGUGGACCAAUACACAGGUGAGGUGCGCGUGUCGUUGCCUGAUAUGGACCGAGAGGUCAAGGGUCACUACGAGGUCGUCAUUCAGGCCAAAGACAUGGCGGGUCAGCUGGGAGGUUUAGCCGGAACGACGACGGUCAACAUUACUCUGAGUGACGUCAACGACAAUCCUCCGCACUUCACUCAGAAGCUGUAUCAGAUGAGCAUCCCAGAAUCUGCUCCCAUUCGUUCUGUAGUGGGUCAUGUCAAGGCUCAAGAUCAUGAUUUCGGUAUCAAUGCGGAAAUGCGCUACAGCGUGAUCGACGGGGAUGGACGAGAUGCAUUUGACAUCAGCGCCGAUUCCACCAACACAUAUGGGGUCAUCACUGUCAAACAGCGGCUGGACUUUGAGACAAAGCGUAGCUACACUCUGAAGGUGGAGGCCGCUAACAUACACAUUGACGAGCGUUUCUCCACUAAUGGGCCAUUUCGUGACAUUACCAUGGUGCGGGUGAGCGUAGAGGACAUGGAUGAGCCGCCACAGUUCAGCUUCGCGCUUUAUUACGCAGAGGUUCCUGAAGACGCUGAAAUCGGCACCGUGCUGAUCACCAUAUCAGCCCGAGACCCUGACACCGUUAAUGAGUCCAUACGGUAUAUGAUUGAUCGUGUCAGUGAUCCAGAUCAGUAUUUCUCAAUGGGCGUGUCCAGUGGUUCUCUGAUGACUGUCCUUCCUCUAGACAGAGAAGAAAAGAGCUGGCAUAAUCUCACUGUGGUAGCCAUGGAGACAAAUAACCCACUGAAGACAGCAAGUGUAUCUGUGGCUAUAAGAGUUCUGGAUGUCAACGAUAAUCCACCAUCAAUAACGCAUCAUUACGAAGCUUUCCUGUGUGACCGUGCAAGAGCAGGACAGCUAGUUCAAUCAAUAAGAGCUGUAGAUGUGGAUGAGCCAAUAGGAGGACAGCGUUUCCGUUACACACUUACUCCUGAAGCACAGAAUAAUCCCAACUUCACCCUCACAGAUAACCAUGAUAACUCGGCGAGGGUGCUGACCCGGCGGAGUGGCUGGGUGUCUCAGAGUAUGUAUCAUCUUCCCAUCACCGUGUCUGAUGGAGGGGAGCCGGUCCAGUCCAGCACACACACCCUGACCAUCCGAGUGUGUGAGUGUGACGCAGACGGGGAUGUCUCAUCCUGCCGUAAUGCUGAACCUCACACACUCCUAGCUAACCUGAGCACAACAGCGCUAACCACCAUGCUCACCUGUGGUGCCAUCGUGCUUGUGAUGCUAGUGCUCAUGCUGUUCCUUAGCAGCAGCAGUGCUAAAAAACCUUUCCGCGGCGAUGAGGAAGAAAAUGUGCGGGAGAACAUUGUCCAUUACGAUGAUGAAGGUGGCGGGGAGGAAGACACGGUGGCGUUCGACAUCACCAAACUGUGGAAGACACACGAGGAGCCACUAAGCUACACUGAACUAGUGCUUAAUGGCAGUAAGCAACGACAUGCUGAUGUUAAACAUGCAAAACCAAACAACGUUAAGCUACGACAGGAAAAGCCACCUGAGAUCCAGAGCCUGUCGUGCUAUGUGUCUCAGGCAGAUACUAACAAGUACAGUGCGAAUGCUAAUUACAGUAAUGUGUAUGGGUAUAUGCUGGCCAAGCUCUACAACAUGGAUCUGGAUGUGGAUGCGCUGCCAUAUGAUUCGCUGCAGACAUACGCCUACGAAGGCGAGGGGUCUGUCGCCGAGUCGCUCAGCUCGCUGCAGUCUCACGAUGAUAUUGAGCUCAAUUACAAUUAUUUAGACGAGUGGGGGCCAAGAUUUCACACACUCGCAGAACUGUAUGGCACAAGUCAGAGUAAUGUUUAG